CCUGUUUCAGUUGCUAGACAGUCGUAAAACUGUUUACACCAGCAAGUAUAUGACACUGUGCGUACUUCAAAAGUGAUAUUUUGUAAAAGUAUAUAGUUCAUUAUACAAUGGGUCGCGGUAAAAGACUGAGUGAUUGUGAUAUAGCAACAAUUCAGGAUUUGCGUGGAUUUGGAGUACGUCAUGCACAGGCCUCUUUUUGGUUUCUGGCAAAUGUUAUCGGAUACUGCCUUCGAGUAUGUAUAUCGAUAGCCAUUGUGGAAAUGACGAAUACUUCGUCAACUCAACAUGAUGUGUAUAAUUGGAACAGCAAUGAACAAUCGACCAUCCUGAGUGCCUUCUUUUGGGGAUACACGGUUAUGCAAAUACCAAGUGGCUACAUUGCGAGGAUUUGGAGCGCACAAAAACUAUUGAGUUUUGGCAUGUUGAUUUGCGGUGCCUUGAAUAUUUUAACACCUAUCGCUGCAAAAUACGGAGGUUUGAUGGCUGUCUGUGCCUGUAGGGUAUGCAUGGGUCUCUGUCAGAGUUGUCUUUUACCUUGUACACAUACCCUUCUUUCGAAAUGGACAAACCCAAAUGAGAGAUCACGAUUCGGUGCGUUUGCCUACGCCGGAGGACAAUUCGGUACUGUGAUAUCCUUUCCAAUUUCUGGGCUAUUAGGAGGGUCAGCUGCAGGUUGGCCGUCUAUAUUUUAUUUCUUCGGAGCUUUAGCCAUGGUUUGGAGUAUUACGUACUUCAUAUUUGGUUAUGAUAGCCCGUCCGUACAUCCACGAAUAUCAAAUAUGGAAAUGCAACACAUAGAAGACAGUUCAGGAACUUCUGACAAAGAGGAUGCAUCACCUGACAAUACGACGAAGAGUCUGCCAUGGAAAGCAAUAUUCACUUCAGUACCAAUGUGGGCUCUCAUAAUCGUCCAUUGUGGUCAAAACUGGGGAUACUGGACUCUGAUCACCGAAAUGCCAUCAUACAUGAAGGGAGUUUUAAAAUACGAUAUAGCACAGAAUGGAGUAAUGUCAGCACUACCAUACUUGACAAUGUGGAUCUUAAGUUUUCCAAUGAGCUGGCUAUCUGAUUAUGCACUGCAAAAAGGUGUUGCAAGAGGAAUAGUUAGAAAAGUGUGCAACUCUGUUGCACACUGGGGACCAGCAAUAGCUUUGAUUUGUCUUGCUGCAAUACCUAUAGAGAGUAGUGGUGUGGUUGUAGCUAUUCUUGCAAUAGCUGUAGGAUUAAAUGCUGGAGCUCUUUGUGGAUUUCAAAUAAAUCACAUUGAUCUAAGUCCUAAUUUUGCCGGAACAAUGAUGUCCAUUACAAAUUGCAUUGCAUCCGUAAUAGCAAUAAUUGCUCCACUAAUUUGUGGAGUUAUUGUUCUUGAUAAUGAGAACAAAACGUAUUGGUCAAUAGUAUUUUAUAUUUCUGCUGUUAUUUAUUUCAUAGGAAAUUUAGUUUUUAUUGUAUUUGGUAAAGCUGAAGUUCAAUCCUGGAAUGAUCCUACAUCUUCAAAGAUUAAAAAACGAAGUAUAAAAGAUUCUAUAGCGUAAAAGUGAAUGAUUCAAAUUAACUACUUUUAUUAAAGUUAGUACGAAAUGCCAUUCUGUUAUGUACUCAAUAUAUUAUUUUGUACUCUGUAAGUUAGUUUGUAAAAUUCUAUUUUAUUAUUUUUAAUUUACUGUUUUGUAAUCUUUUGUUUUUUAAAAACAUAUUUAUAUUUUUCCUUACUAUAAUGAGUUCCUAAACACUAUUUAUAUUUAUAACUAGUAGACAGAAUAUAAAGAACUCGUAUUAUUGUUUUCGAUGAGAAAAGAGAUUUUUAUUUUCAAAAAUCAAUGUCUCUAGAAAAGGAUGUUAAACAAGGAAUUAUGUUUCUUUUCUAUCUAUAGUACCUCUUUCAAUUAAAUCUUCCAGCAUAAAUAAGCACUAAUACUGAAUGAAUAAAUAUAUGAGUUUAUGUUUUAUACAUGAAUUAUAUAAAGGUAUUAGUUCACAAAAAAACAAGUGCAGUGCAUACUGCAAAAUACGUAAAACAUAAUAUAUAAUAAUGCUUCAUAAAAUGUAAAAGGUUAUGAAUUAAUUAAUUGACAAUUGUGAAUCAGCAUGCCACCUUAUCAAAUAAUGAUCUUCUGAGAAGUCUGAUAGUUGAAGGGUUUAUAGUAAUCAUUAAAAGGGGUAAAAGAUGUUUAAUCAAUAUAGGUACUAAUAUAUAAGUAUAUUGUAUAUGUAACAUAUAUAACUAUACAGUUGUGAACUCAAGAUUAUUAAUAAUAUUAACAAAGGACUGUUAUAACAAAUUAACUGUCACAUAAUUGCAAACAUAGUAUAAAUCGUCAAUAUUCAUCCAAUUUAGUAGGCAUUACUCUCAUACCAUUUGCUAUGUCUGUUCACUAUUCUAAUGUGUUAAUAAUAAUUUGGACUGUAGAACUUUGAAAUAAUACUUCAAAUUUUUCUAUGUCAUCCCUUUGAUUAUAUAUUUAGUAUGUAUUGCAAAGAAGUUUACUUAUGGGAUUUAACAUUAAUAAAUAA